UUUGUUUUUGAUUUCAGCUGCACCAACACCACAGCCUACACCAAGACCCACACCUUACUGUGCCAACAUCAGAUGUCUCCCACUGGUGAAGCCUAACCUGAAACCAGGAGAGGAAGCCAUUCUCCAGAAGACCACUGACGGCUGCUGCGACAUCUACAAGGUCGUCUGCAAACGUGAGAUGUGUCCAAAGACCAACUUCGCCUGCGCCGCACCAAUGAGUGCUUACUUGGCCAAGAACGAUGAAUGUUGUCCAACAUACGAAUGCAAGUGUCCACCACUCAAGGACUGCCCACCAUCUCCAGCACCAACUUGCAGACCAGGCUUUAUUGCCAAGAGUGUGGCUGAUGAAUGUGGCUGCCUCAAGUAUGAAGUCGAUUGUGUUGUCCCAGAGAACAAGUGCAAGUUUACAAUGGCCUCUGGUGAGGUGAAAAUAUAUGAGAUUGGUCAGACAUGGAAGGUACCAGGCAAGCCAUGCGAGUCCUACGAAUGUGUCGCUGGCACUCCAGCCACUGUCCAAAGACAAGUGACCAGCUGCGAGACCAAGUGUGCCCUGGGUUACCAGUACAAACCAGAGAUUGGCAAGUGCUGCGGCAAGUGUGUGCCUGUUGGCUGUGUCGUCAAUGGAACUGUUUACAAGAACGGUGAGGCCGUCCCUGCCACCGAGGCAUGUACAACUGCUACAUGUUUUGUGGACACCAUGUACGGCUCUUCAGUCUCCACCUCUCAGAUCAGAUGUAAGAACAGCAUCGAAUUACCUGUCUGUAAGAAGGGAGAGGCCCAGAGAGUCCCCGGCGCAUGCUGUGAUCACUGCCGCCCAGCAGCACCAACCAAGGAAUGCGCUCCAUGCGUUGCCCGCCUUGUGUUCACAAGAGCCGAAGACACCGUCGGCUACUUCCGUACCUCCAUCAACGGACAGAUCUGUGAGAACAAAGGACAGCUGGCCGAUCUGAGAGAGUGCUCCGGUUACUGCAGCUCUGCCUUCAAAUAUUUCGCCGUCAUGAACAAGUACCAGAAUGACUGCCAGUGCUGCCAGGCUCAGACGACGGAGAAGCGCGUGGUUGAGCUUACCUGCAUGGACGGUUCAAAGGUCACGCGCGAGUAUGACGUACCAACAUCUUGUGGCUGCGGAACCUGCACCGGACGUCGUUAAUUUUUUUUUUAAUGUUUCGGGAAUUGUGACUCGGACUUGUUAUUUCUUUACGAACUUUCUUUAAAAUGGAGAAUUUUCUCUACAACAGUUAAACCCUCCUUGCCGUCCCUACUUAGAUUACAACAGAUUUUUAAAAAGACUUUUAGAUAAAGAGUUUUAUAU